AUGAAGUCCUCCCUCCAUUGUUUUGGGGUGGGUGUCGUCUUAUUGUCGCUGGCUCCAUCCACCCUGUCGUUCUCCCGUGGUGCCAACCACGCCUCCUGUCAGGAAAUGACUCCCGGUCACAUCCGCGCUCAACCCCAGGACCCGCAGCGCAGCCACGUCACUCUGCGCACGUCCGCCUCUUCGUACCUACCGGGGCAGUUAGUCACAGUAACUGUUCGCAGCUCUCGGGACUUCAUGGGCUUCCUGCUCCAGGCUCGCAGUAUGGAGGGUACAAGGGAGGCUGGAGCUGGGGCCGGGGUAAAGGCCAGGGCCAGAGCUGGAGUUGGAGCUGGGGUAAAAUCUAUGAGAGUGGGACCAGUACUGGUGGGUGGCUCCUGGACCCUCACUCCCCCCGGCACUCACAGCCUGCGCUGCCUCUCGGAGGGUGACACCCUCACACACUCUGACAAACAGCCAAAGAGAAACCUCUCGUUUGUGUGGAGGGCUCCUGAUACACCGAUGGGAGACAUACGGUUCUACAUCACAGUGGUGCAGUCCUACUUUGUGUACUGGGCAGGUAUUGAGUCUGCAGUGGUGCGUGAUGGGAGUCGUAGUCCUUGGAGUGAAAGUAACAUCACAGGGGUGGAUGAAGGGAGUUCAAUUUUUGCAGUGCAGGAGGAUAAAGUUACUGCUCCGCCAGGCACUGCUUCUUCUCCCAAGCCUACUCAUCUGACUAACCUUCACUCUUCAGCCUCUUCUUCCACCCAUACUUUGCCUUUCUCUUCCAUUAGCUCUACCACUCCCCUUUAUCCUUCUGGAGAUUCAACCCUGGUAUCCAUACGUCCAACUUUCAGGUCAAAAUUACUCACCCAUUCCUCUUCCUCCUCCAUGAGAAACCAACCAAAAACAGCUCCAGUGCUUUCUGCUCUUCCCUCUCCUUCCCCGAUAUCUAUUCCUCCUCAUUCUCCCCCUGCCCAUCCUUCCUCUGCUUCCCCCAGGCCAUCCUCCUUUACCUCCUCUUCAAUACCUUCCUCUAGCUCCUCCAACUAUCCAUCAUCAGCUUCCCUCUUUUCCCCAGUCCCUGUAUCUACAUCUUCUCCUUUUGAAUCUCCCCAAUCCACCACAUUUUCCUCACCCUCUUCUUCCAACAUCUUCCCAUUCCUCUCCUCCUCAUCCUCCCUCUCCAUUGCCUCAUCAACCUCUUCACUUUCUUCUACUUAUUCUCCCCCUUCACCUCCUCCUUCUUCCUCACCUACCUCUACUUCUAACUCAACAUCUUCCCUCUCACUGGGUUCCUCAUCUUCUUUCAUCUCAUCCGCCACCUCUUCUUCUUUCAUACCCUCGCAGUCUACCUCCCCUCACCCAGGACCCUCUCCAGCUCCCCGUCGCUCUCUCUACAACCCCUUUACAUCCUCUUCAUUGCCUUUUCCCUCCCAGAAACUCACUUUAGGUCAGAGGUUGCUAAUCCAGAACCCCAUUGCAUCAUCUGACCCUGAGCCCAACCUCAACCCACCAACACCAAGUUCAGUGGUUCACCCAAACCCUGUACCCCAUCCAAACCUUGUACUAAAUGCUGGACAUGAAUUAAAACCAAACCCUCCCGAGAGUGAUACCAACCCUAAACGUCCCUCCAAUCCCUCUAGAACUCCAGACAAAGAAGGGAAGUAUCCAGACAUUAUCCCUAGACACAGUACCUGGGAGGUGGGCAUGCUGCUGGGCUGCUCAGCUGGCCUGGGCAUGGUGCUGGUGGUUGGGAUAAGGUACGUGUACCAUCAGACCUGUGGCAAACGGACAGAGGUGACACUGAAUGACAGGGAGAGAGAGUAUGGAACAGGAGAGAGAGGGCUGAUCCAUGUCCAGGAGUGUGGAGAUUUGGUCAGAGUGCGGAGAAUCAGAGAGAACAGUUUUGUGCUUCUGGCAGAGUAUGAUAUUCUAGCAGCACCUGGAGACUGAAAUACAUAUAAACAGAUUUAAGUUUAAGAUACUUAACCAAAAUAUUUCUUGAAGUCAGAGCUGCUGUGAGGGCAGAAAUAAUCUACUGCUUAAGGCUAACUGAGUCAAAGAGAAAAUACAAGACAUUAGCGAAACAAGUUGAUAUUAUGAAGUAUAGCAUUCUAUUACUAAUUGUAAAACAUAGCAUAAAUACACAAAGUAACCUCGGUUAUUGAUAGCUAGUU